AUGGAAGUUUUCAAAUGUUCUGUAGAAUCAUGCGAGAAUGAGCCUCAAUAUAAGUGUAAUUGUCAACCUAAUACUUUAUUUUGCCAAGUGCAUUUUAGCUUAGACAAGCAUAUUGCUCCUGGCUCUAGGCACGGGUUAGUAUCUCUUUGUGUUAUGCCUGAGCCCCGAAUUGUAGAAUCAGUAAGAUCAUUCAUAGAAGAAAAGCUAAAGGCUAUAUGGGCUGAAGAAGUCUUAAUCUUAGCUAAACAUUCUUUUAAAAUUUCAGAAGCUGAAAAACAAAUAGCAAAUUACUUAGAGAAAACAAGCCAUAUUGAAAGAGAAUUAAUAAGUUUUGCAAAUGAGCUGAAUAAUCUGAGGCCAAGCCCAAGAAAUGCAGAAAAUGAUUUUUUUAAAGCUCUUUUGGCUUCUGAGGAUAAAGCAAUUAACAAAAUUGGGCUUACAUGCGACUUUGCAUCAGAAUAUAAAAACCGCGUCAAUUUCUAUGCAAAAUUUGACGCCGAAACAUAUAUUAAGAAAAUUAUGUGCCAAAAUGCUGGUAAUAUUAUAAAUCAAAAACUAGCAGAAGCAGAGGAAAACUUAAAAAAAGAAUUUGAAGAAAUUAAUAAGAAAAACUUAAAAGAGCAAGAAGAAAAAAUUAAAAAAAUUAAGGAUGAAUUUUAUUUAAAAAUACAAAAUAUUGAAACACAAAAUUCAGAGUUAAAGGGACGAAAUGAAAAUUUAACCAAAAAAUUAGAACAAAUUUCUAAUAUAAAAAUAGCUCAAAAAUGUAUCAGUUCAGAGCAUAAUGCAGAUUUUAAAAUAAUCAAUUGUGAUCAAAGCCACUGCUCGCACUGCCUUUGGGGCUUUUAUAAUAAUUCAUUAAUGAAAAGAGGUGAAUUAUAUUGUGAGCAUGAGAAAAGUCUGUUAUUUGAGGAUGUAGCAAAUUUAAAUAAAGCUCGUAUUAGAAAGAUGCGAAUUUCUAAUUGCAAAAAAAGGACACAUAAUGCAUGCGCCUUGCUGUCUGGAAUACUAUUGUAUGGGUUUUUACUAUUUUUAGCAUUUAUGGGAUGUUUUGCCCAAAUCAAACUCACUAAGCAUUAUUAA